CACCUGUUGACUGUCUGUGUCCUGUCUGAGGAGGAUGAGCCUGCCGGUGUGGAGCCAGCCUCAGCGUGUGGUUGUCUACGCUGAUGAUGGUGAAUGGACUUCUGGGAUCUGUGACUGCUGCGACGACAUGAGCGAAUGCUGCUUUGCGUUCUGGUGUUGUCCCUGCUUUGCCUGUAAAACCACUAAAGCGUAUGGUCAGUGCCUCUGUCUCCCCCUGCUGGACAUCUUCAGCUUCGCUAAUCCCAUCACCAUGUCCAUGAGGGUGUCCAUACGUCAACGUUAUGGCAUCAGAGGCAGUUUGUGCCAGGACUGUUUGUGUUCUACCUGCUGUCCAUCCUGCGUCUGGUGUCAGAUGUCCAGAGAGAUGAAAAGCAGGAAACUCCCCACUGUGCUCAGUGACCUCAUCUACCGCUGAUGACGCGUUGUCUCUGUGACAUCACCACUCCCAGCCCCUCCACAUACAGAUCAGUAUCAGUCAUUGCACGAGAGUAAACCAACAGGAAAUACCACUGAAGUAUGACAUUUAUUAUCCGGCUUUACGUUUUGUUAACUUAGUUUAGAGCUUCAUCCUCAAGUGUUCAACUGAAUAACUUUGAUAGUGUUUGUGUUUACUGAAAUGUUUCUGUACACUUUACAUGUAUUAAUUAACUCACACUUUUUGUAAUUCUUCUGUUUUUAUUUAAUUUUACUAAUACUUUUUGUUAUAUUUAAUUGUAAGUAUUCUUUAUGCGUCAUUGUUACAACACAGUGUACUCCUUUUAUAUUUCUGCGCUUAUUAAGUCCUUAAUUUAUAAUUUUUCCAAUUUAUGUAUUUUAAUAAAAUACUGACUAAAAACCAAAGUAUUUACCGCGUCAUUACUAGUAAAGUAGAAAAUCAAGAAGAAAGGAAAUAUGAGAAGAAAUGCUCGGAUCAGAAAGAAAUGAAGAGAGUUUUUAUUUCUUUACAGUCUCACCUCAGAUCUAUUUAGUAUCUGAUCGGGGGCUUUUGGUCAUAUGACAUGAUCUUCCUCAGCAAAUGGAGUUUGCCUACAGAAAAUGUAGAUGAUCUAAAACUUUCUUUGUGUGUAUGUUUCGUUCAGCAUCUUAAGAAUUUCAAAACUGUUUAUUUUUCUAAUCUAGGAAACAGUAAGCAGUAAUGUUAUGUCAAGAAGUUAUUGUGUAUUCCUGCAAAUUUCCUUCAUGUUCAGCAGUGUAAUGUUUGGUUUUUAGGAUUUUAGGGAAAAGGAAUAUGAUUCUUUUAUUUUAUCCCAAAAUAUCACAAGAUCUGUAAAUAUGCAAAUACUACUCCUGUAAAUCAAAAUGUAACAGAAGUAAACUCUCAUUUUUGUUUUUGUUUUGUUUUUCUGUAAGAAAAAUUGUUUUUUGAUUCUCACCUAUCAUUAUUUGUCCAUACGUCAAUGCUAUGGUAUCAGAGUGAGUGAAGCUUUGAUUCAUAUUCAAUCGCAAAUAAAGCCUUGGUUGCUUUUUGGUGAUUGUUUCCCUUUAA